CUCCCUUCCAAUUCCAACCCGCCGCCGUCGUGGUCACCACCCACGAUCCUUCCACCACUCGCCUCCGUUUCAGACCCCCACGAGAGCGACAGAUCAAUCGAAGCCGUGUCGGGUGCGAGGAAGGAGCCCGGGCAAGGGAGGCGGCAAUGGAGAACGGCAACCACGGCGGGCAGGGGCAGCACCCGCCGCACUACCCGCCGUACCAGCACCCGUACCCGCAGCCGCAGCCGCAGCCGCAGCCGUACCCCUACGGGUACCAGUACCCGCCGCCGUCCGCCGCGCCCUACCUCGCGCCGGCGCUCUCUUUCCCGGGCUACUCCCCUGCUUCGCCCCCGCCGCAGCAGUGCCACUCCGGCCCGCUCCAGCCGUACCCGCCUCCUCCGGCGCACGCCUACCCGCCGCCGCCGCAGCAUCCCUCGCCUUACGGCCACGGGUACGACCCUUACCCCUCUUCAUACCCAUCCCCCUCCUACCCGAACCCCAGUCCCAGCCCGGGGCUCUCACCCAGUUCCAGCAUCCACCACCACCACGCCUCUGCGCCAGAACCCCCCUCCCCCGCGCCUUCCGCGCCGUCCUACCCCAUCGAGGAUGUCCUCGCCACCAUGCGCCUCUCCGACCGUUACGACUACGCGUCGUCGCCCUCCGUGCCCCCGCCUUCGACCCCCUUCUCGACUGGCGGGAGUAGCCACGGCGGCAGGAUGCAGAUGGUGCCCUACGGCGCGGCCGCGGGAGGGUCGCAGCACGGCGGCAGCGUGAGGGCGUCGCUGAAGGUGGUGCUGCUCCACGGGAGCCUCGACAUCUGGGUGCACGACGCACGGAACUUGCCCAACAAGGACAUGUUCUCCAAGAGGGUCGGCGACCUCCUCGGCCCGCGCAUCACCGGCGCUGUCGGCAACAAGAUGUCCAACGCCUCCAUAACCAGCGACCCGUACGUCACCGUCCAGGUCUCCUACGCCACUGUCGCGAGGACCUACGUUGUCCCCAAUAACGAGAAUCCCGUCUGGGCGCAGAACUUCGUCGUGCCCGUCGGGCAUGAGGCGGCCGAUGUCCAGUUCGUCGUCAAGGACAGCGAUGUCUUCGGUGCUCAGAUCAUUGGUGUGGUGUCCAUCCCCGCCGAGAAGCUUCUGUCUGGGGACAGGAUUGAGGGUGUCUACCCUGUACUCGAGCCCAAUGGCAAGUCAUGCGCUCCGGGUGCUCUGCUGCGUCUGUCCAUACAGUUCAUCCCUGUGGCUCGCCUCUCAAUGUACCACCACGGCGUCAUUGCUGGCCCAGACUGUCACGGUGUGCCACAUACUUACUUUCCACUGCGGCGUGGCAUGAAGGUGACCCUGUAUCAGGAUGCGCAUGUUCCUGAUGGUUGCCUCCCAGACAUAUGGCUUGACCAUGGAGUGCGCUACCAGCAUGGGCAGUGCUGGCGCGACAUCUACGAUGCCAUAUACCAGGCAAGGAAGUUGAUCUACAUUGUGGGGUGGUCAGUUUUCCACACGAUACACCUCGUGAGAGAUGGGACUCAAGUUCCCUCACUUGGGGACUUGUUGAAGAUGAAGUCACAGGAAGGGGUGCGGGUGCUGCUUCUUGUUUGGGAUGAUCCAACAUCAAGGAGCAUUCUUGGAUUUAAGAUGGAUGGUUUCAUGGGCACUCGAGAUGAGGAGACACGCAGAUUUUUCAAGCAUUCUUCAGUGCAGGUAUUGCUUUGCCCACGAUCUGCUGGGAAACGACACAGCUGGGUGAAACAGCAGGAAACAGGAACCAUUUUUACUCAUCAUCAGAAAACAGUUAUUGUGGAUACUGAUGCUGGCAAUUAUAGGAGAAAGAUAAUUGCUUUUGUCGGAGGCCUUGAUUUAUGUGGUGGGCGAUAUGAUACACCUUGGCAUCCUCUGUUUCGGACUCUUCAGACUGUUCACAAGGAGGAUUAUUACAAUCCCAAUUUUGCUACAGUUGAUGCUCGUGGCCCAAGGGAACCGUGGCACGACUUGCAUUCCAAGAUUGAUGGUCCAGCUGCUUAUGAUGUUCUGCAAAACUUUCAGGAGCGUUGGUUAAAGGCGGCCAAACGCCAUGGGAUUAAAAAGUUGGCAAAAUCGUAUGAUGAUGCUCUGCUCAGUAUUGAAAGAAUACCGGAGAUUAUAAACAUAAAUGAUGCAACAUAUUUUACUGACAAUGAUCCAGAGACAUGGCAUGUUCAGGUGUUUCGAUCUAUUGAUUCAAACUCGGCCAAAGGAUUUCCAAAGGACCCACGAGAAGCAACCAGGAAGAAUCUUGUUUGUGGGAAGAAUGUACUUAUUGACAUGAGCAUACAUACAGCUUAUGUGCAUGCUAUCCGGGCAGCCCAACAUUUUAUUUAUAUUGAGAAUCAGUACUUCAUCGGUUCUUCAUUUAAUUGGGAUUCAAACAAGGAUCUCGGGGCAAACAAUUUAAUACCAAUUGAAAUUGCUCUCAAAAUUGCAAACAAGAUCAAGGCAAAUGAAAGGUUUUCUGCAUACAUAGUAAUUCCUAUGUGGCCUGAGGGUAAUCCAACUGGUGCUGCUACACAAAGAAUUCUGUACUGGCAGAACAAAACCAUGCAAAUGAUGUACGAGACGAUAUAUAGAGCCUUGAAAGAAGUAGGCCUGGAUGAUAUAUACGAGCCUCAGGAUUAUUUAAACUUCUUUUGUCUUGGCAACCGUCAAAUUGCUGACAGCACUAGCACUUCAAAUGCAUCAAAUACAGCAAAUAAUCCUCAGGAACAAGCUAGAAAAAAUAGGAGAUUCAUGGUCUAUGUACAUUCAAAAGGCAUGAUUGUGGAUGAUGAGUACGUGAUCAUUGGAUCAGCUAACAUUAACCAGAGAUCCAUGGAAGGAAUAAGAGAUACUGAGAUUGCGAUGGGAGCGUAUCAGCCACAAUAUACAUGGGCGAAUAAAGUUUCUGCCCCCCGUGGACAGAUAUAUGGCUACAGAAUGUCCCUAUGGGCUGAGCAUAUCGGCGGUAUUGAGGAAGACUUUAACCAUCCAGAGAGCCUGGAAUGCAUGAGGCGGGUUCGGCAUCUUGGCGAAGAGAACUGGAAGCAGUUCAUUGCCAAUGAAGUGACAGAGAUGAGAGGCCACCUCUUGAAGUAUCCUGUAAGUGUUGACCGUAAAGGCAAGGUGAAGCCAUUGGCUGGAUGCACAACGUUCCCAGAUUUGGGCGGGAAUAUUUGUGGCUCGUUUCUGGCCAUCCAGGAAAACCUCACAAUAUGAACUUUGGCUAUGCUAGUGACCUCUGGGUCAUGCUGGAGAAAAAAAGAUACAAAGUAGCAUAUGCUAUUUCUUGAGAGCAUAGAUAGGAUGAAAAUUUGGCAAGAGGUAUAGGUUUCAGACAAGUGGGAAAAUGCUAACAGGGUUUAUUUUAGGACCAGUACCUUUGUUUAUUUAGUGCAAAUACUUGCCCAAUCGAUUUUUUUACCUGUAUUUGGUCCCUGUAUAAAAAAUUAAUGAGGUUUCAUGUCAGAUCCCUCUGUUCAGGGGUUAUAGCAUUUAUAGCAACUGCCAAGAGGUAAUGAUCUGUUCCAUGUAAAUCCUGGAAAAUAAUUGUCUUCGGUGUAAAUGGAUUCUGCAGUGUGUUUUGGAGUAUU